GAGGAGGAGGCGGGAGCGCGGGCGCGUCACCGAGCGCAUCUUUGAGGAGCGCGCAGGCACAGAAGAAAACAUCCUACAGCUCGGCCACCCAUUCAGCUGGAGGAUCGGCCUGAAGAAAUUCAUGGAAAUAAAAUAGAAAUUCAUUCCCUUUGCUUUUUAUUUUUUGUUUUCUGAUCACAGCCAAGCCACUGGACUUCAAAAUGGCCGAGAUUACUAAUUUAAAACAAACCUAUGAUGUGUCCCCAGUGCUCGCGGGUUUUCUGGGUGCAGGGGUCUUGGUUGUUUCCGUGACAGUGGCCGUUUUCCUCUGGACGUGCUGUCAGCGGCGAUAUCGUCAAAUGACAGGUGCGUACAAGCUGACCAGCGGCCCCUACGACCCUCCCGUUGACCCCCCCUACAAGUUCAUCCACAUGCUCAAAGGCAUCAGCAUCUACCCCGAGACCCUCAGCAACAGCAAGAAGAUUGUACGGGUGGGCCAGCGCUCAGGAUCGAGUUCCUUGUUAAGAGAAUGGAGUCGUGGGUCCCGAAACGGUGACGUGCUCCUUGUGGAUGCAGAUCCCGAAGGUGGUACUGCGCACCUACAGAUGAACCACCUGGUCCCCCCUGUGGGUCCUCCCAGACUGGAGAGGGCGCUGCCCAUCCGGGCGGACUACUGCUGUAUGGAGAGCAGCUCAGGAAGCAGCAGUGAAGCACCCAGUAAAACAGCAUCACCCUACAGUCUCAACUCACCCUCUCUGGGAACGCUCAGUCUGGCCAUUGACUACAACUUCCCCAAGAAGGCCCUCGUUGUCACUAUCGUAGGAGCGCAGGGGCUCCCCGCAGUGGACGAACAGGCGGGCAGUUCUGACCCCUACGUGAAGAUGACCAUCCUACCCGAGAAGAAGCACCGAGUGAAGACACGCGUACUGAGGAAGACUCUGGAGCCUGUGUUUGACGAGACGUUCACCUUCUAUGGCAUCCCGUACAGCUCGCUGCCUGAGCUUACCCUGCACUUCCUGGUGCUCAGCUUUGAUCGCUUUGCACGGGAUGAUGUCAUUGGGGAGGCGGUCGUGCCAUUAGCAGGUGUGGACCCAAGCACGGGACGGGCGCACAUCACCCAGCAAAUCAGCAAGAGGAACACACAGUGUGAAAGUCGUGGAGAAUUGCUGGUCUCACUGUCCUACCAGCCUGUUACUCACAGGCUAAAUGUGGUGGUCCUCAAAGCCAAACACCUGCCAACCAUGGACAUCAGUGGUCUGUCAGGCAACCCUUAUGUUAAAGUGAACGUCUUCUAUGGCCGCAAGCGCAUAGCCAAGAAGAAGACGCAUGUUAAGAAAUGCACACUCAAUCCUGUUUUCAACGAAUCGUUUAUCUACGAUGUUCCCGCUGAGCUAAUGCCGGACAUCUCUGUGGAGUUUCUGGUCAUCGAUUUUGACCGCACCACGAAGAAUGAGGUUGUGGGUCGCCUGGUUCUGGGUGGUCAGAGCCCCAUUCCGUCAGGGGUGACUCACUGGAGGGAAGUCUGUGACAACCCAAGGCGGCAGAUUGCCAAGUGGCAUAACCUUACAGAGUACUAGUAUCUGGCUUAAACAUGGGGAAAGCAAAGUGUAUUAUACCACUUCCUUCCUGUCAGGCCCUCUAUCGAAAGAAGCCCAUUUAUAAUCUCUCAUUUUCCCUAUACAGAUAGAUGUAUGAGUGAAUGAGUACAAAGGACCAGGAGCAGUCUAACGGAACCACUUAAAAAGUUCUCUAAGGAACUGAUAGCAAAAAAGUCUCAUUCGUCCUAGCAAAAAAAAGAAAAGAAAAAAAAAAGUUAAUUAUGGCUCUGAAUUAUACCUGUAUGAGAGUUAUACCACAGUAUCCACAGAGCCUUUCACCAGUAUACCGGCAUAUUCACAAUAUACAUACACUACUUUCAAUUAGCCGCAUGCUAAUAAUGAGAUAAUGAGACACUUUUAUAUUUAGGAUAAAGGAGGGCUGUAAGAAAAAGUGAGCUUCAAGCCCACUUUUGAGGAAAAUAAUAGACUGAAUUUUUCAUAGUAAAUACAGAUGAAUGGUGAAAUAAACUGGAUGCCAUCAUGAACAUUUUUGCUAACAUGCUAAUAUUUACCACAGAACGCAAGGUAGAAAUAUGGCUAUUAUUCAUAUCUAAAUUUUUUUUAUUAAUGCUUAGCCUGAUGAUGCUGAAACUGAGAUGUAAAUUCUCUGAAAAAUAAAAUAAAAAAAACUCUAAAGAUCUGUUAAACAAUACCUGGUUUUAAGGCAGAGUUUUCAGCCAACCACCAAAUAAAAAUUAGAUCGUCAGCUCAGGAUUAAAAAUGAAUUUAAUUUAUGAAAACACUCUGUUUCAUACAGUAAAGCCAGUCUACACUGUCUCCAUACUGUAGCUGCUUUAUUUAUUUGUAGCUGUACUUAUACUUUAUUGUUAAUUUCUCCAUCUUGAUGACUUAGCACUUCUAUGACAUAUUUGUUGUUGCAUAUCUUAACAUAUCCACUAUUCAUUGACUGAAUUUUUUCCUUUAGGCAUAUCUAUGCACAUUUCCAUUUAACUGCAAAGGACUUUUUGACCCAGUUGCUGUGCUACCAUAACACAGAGAUCAGGUUCGGUCAAAAAAGUUGGAGGGAAACAGAGAAUAACAGUCAAAGCCAAAUGUGACAGAUAUUAGCAUAUUUGCGUAUUGUCUGCAAAUUUGUACAUUUUAAGUGUACCUAACAUCACAGUUUCUGUUGCCAUCAAACGUGUUUUUAAGGCCACACUUAAUUCUUAAGGCCACGCAACUAAUUCUUAAUGACUUUGGUCAAGAUGUACAUAAUGUAUCAUAGGGUGUACUGUAACACUAGUACUCUUCAAUUUCUUUUUCUUUACAAUUAAAUUGAAUAUCGCCAAAUAUACAUUCAAACUUUUGACACAUAAAUAGUGUCAUGAAAUAACAAAAACAAAAUUUAGCCAGAUCUCUAACCACCCCAACUUUGAAAUCUUGAUUACUUUAGUGACCUGUUAGAUUAUUAAGCUAGUCUAUUCUCUAGUCUAUGAAUUAUAGCAGAUAUAUGCAGAUUCAGACCAAUUUUUGCACUUUCGUAGAGUACUGUAUUUAUUUUUAUGAUUUGUUUUCAAAAGAAAGAAUAUAUAUAUAUGUAUAUGGUAUAUCAAAAACCUAACAACUAUGAUAGGACUAAUAACUUACCAUAUCAAAGUUAGGAUUUUGGCAUGAGCCAGUAACCAUUAGUCAGCGGCAGCUGUCAAAAACUAACCAAAGUAGAUGGACCACCAUUUUGUGGUGUGGAUAUCACACCCUCUGAGAUAAUUGAGUGUUGGUGACCGCGAUGAAGCAGCUCACACUGCAGUCUCACACAGGCCCAGAGUCUAUGUUUGAAGGCAUGCAGUGUGCGUGUGGAUGUGUUCCUAAUUAUGUCAUUCGGUGCCCACAGCCCCUGAGGCAGAUUUAAAUCACAUAUUCCCAGUGCGAAUGAGCGCAUAUUAAGUUAGUAAGGCAGAAAGUGGGAGGGUGAGAGGAGGAAAAAGAUAUCGACUGGCUCAUUAGAGAUAUUUCGUAUUUAACAUGUGAAAUUAAUAUAGCACUAAAUUAGGCCCAAGCAUUCUCUGCAGUCAAGCUCAUUGUGAGUUUUAAAGACCGCAUAAUGAGAUUAGCCAUUGUUUAUUAGAAAAAUAAAUCACAUUCCAAACACAUUUUCAUGAAGAUCAAGAAACCAUGUGCCCAUCAUCCUAGUCCAGACUUGCUAUUUCACUUCCAGGCUAUACAUUUACAAUAGAAGAAUGAACUCUUCCACAUUCUAUAGUGUUUUUUUAUUUAACCCUGCAUGCAUUCACUAUUCAAAUUUCUGCUUCAAAACUGGUGUAUAUAUUACAGUUUUUAGUGGUUUAUAUAUGACAGCAAGACCCACUUUUGUAAAAACUGCAACCCAAAUUACACAAUGCAACCUAAGUGAAAUGAUACAUGCGUGUUUUUCUUUAUUUUAACCCUCAGCUCAUUGUGUUACUUGGAACUUUUUUGAUCUUUUGGGCAUAAAAAGCUUGUUUUAUAUCAAUAACUACGUAAAGAAGAAUAUAACCAAUUGUAAAUGAGUGUUUGUUCCAAUGCACUGGUGGGCAGUAGCACUUUCUGCUCUUCUUGUAUCUAACUGUUUUACUUGGAAUGGAAAUGGUUUCUUUUUGUGUAAACCAAUCUUUUGAAGCACUAUCUGCCCCUCUUUCUCUCUCUGCCACUCGUCCCCUAACAAUCCCUCGAUUUUUUUGCUGUUGUGUGUUGUACAAAUACAUUGAAAGCUGAACAAAGAUGAAAAUGAACUGAGAAGAAAAUUAUUGUAAUAAAUAUAUUAGUCCAUUUGGAUAAUGCAAUGUCGAUAUGUGAAGGUGGAGUGAAGUUAGUGAUUAAGCUUUAUUUUAGGUGUCCCUAAAAUGACCUAGAUGAUAAACAGUGUAGUGAUAAACCACAACUGUAGUGUGAUUCAUGUUGUUACCUGGCCUUUUCAAUAUUUGUAAGUACAAGCAAGUCGUCUGUGUAUAAUGUAAGUACAGUGUAAUAACAUGUACUUUACAUAUCUAGCUUAAUACUGCUCAUUUCACUACAUGAACUUCAGGGACAUCUAACAUAAAGUGUAAAGUGUAAUGCUUUAGAGGGCAAAUUUUCUGCAUACUGCUGUGAGUUUAUGCUAAAUACAGUAUGUUACACUAAUGCUGACUUGUACUGUAUGUUGAAGUUGUUAACACAAUGGACGUGCAAAUAAAAUAAAAACUGAUACACUAGA